AUGGAGCUUGGGUGGAUCCGAGGCUCUGAUGGAUUAGGUCACGCUGAGGGCCAUGCAAUUGACGCGUUCAUUACGAGGAACUACGAUGGAUCCUUCGACCGUCGCGUCGAAUGGAGCGAUACGGCCAAUAAGAUCCGAGGUGGGCUUUCGAGAGGAGACUUCAGCGUAUGCGAAGGUUUCAUCGACAUGCCAACCGUAUAG